UUGAGGACAAGUGAACUUGAAGUUUGAUUUUCUAGGCCUAUGCCAAGUCCAAAUGGCCGCAAUGUUGUCUGGGAAAUAAUGUUUACAUGAAGCAUCUUGGUUGUAUUGGGAAAAUAAAUCAGAGAUGGAGUCGGAUGCGAGAUCUGACAGAUCUCCAAUGCAGGCAAACAUAAGACGAGUGUUUGUGCAAAGGGAUUUCACACAAGGCACUGCUGUUAGAUUCCAAGUCAAAUAUCCAUUAGAAUUGGAAGGAAAGCUUCCCCAGUCAUACUUUGAAGAAACCUUAAAGAAAGUCAAUAGCAUUUUUGAUAAUGCUGAAAAGAUUGGUCUAAGAACCUACACUCAAGGAUGUUUCGCUUGCGUUACUGCAUAUCUUGUUUAUGCAUGCUGUAACACCCAUUAUGAUAAAUGCAUGAAAAAACUGGCUGCAUACAUCAAUGAACAAAAUGAAAGUGUUUAUGUUCCGAGAGGUCUAAUGCUUGUCAAUCCAAUGGAGAGGGGUCUUCGUGUUAUAGAAAUUUGUGUACAAAUGUAAAUAAAAAAUUUACAGCCAAGGACUGGAUGGCUGUGGCUUUGGAUUGAUUUUCUACCUUGGGAAAAAGUGAACGAAGACAUUCCAACAGAUGUUAAGAUUGCUGCUUUGUACCUAUUUGAUGUAUAGUAUCAAUCCAAGAUAGGUUGCCAAAGGACACUUUUUAGUUUAAUGAACCACAAUGUGUCAUUGAAUUAACUUAUUUCUAGUGCAUAUUCAAAGCUAGGGAACUCCAAAGCCAUGUUUGCAAAAUCUUAUAAUUUAUGCUAGUGUGUUCUUUGGCACACAUCAACAAUUAUUAGCAUUUGCAAUUAUAUCUCAUGCAACAACUGGCUUUAAACAUUUUUGCCGUAUACUUAACUUUGUCUGAGUCUUUGCUUAACUCUAUCUCUGUAAUUUGAAUUGCUAUUUUUCUUUCUAUAGCUUGCAAUAAAUCAAAUAGGUAUUACUUCAUAAGGUGAAUAUUUGUAAUCCAUUGCUCUACGCUAUUCCUACCCGUAGCUUUUUUCAAAGGGAUACCAGCUUGGUGGUCGUGCCUUUGUUUAUAAAAAGAAGUGGUAAAUAGUCUGUUAUCUUAAACAAUGGGCGAUCACUGGGGCUUGAGUGGAAAUUGCCCCCUCCCCCUAGUAAAUAUGACAAAAAUUGCCUUGGAUACCUGACAAAAGCCCUUUCUUUGGUCCACCUGGAAGGUUUAUGAAAGAGAUCCACCUGAGACCUGUUGUGGUAGUUGGCAGGGCGCUAGCUUUUGUGGAAAUUUUCUUUAGCUGUGAGAUGUUGAAAUCUAUCAAGGAAUUUUGGAGAAAUUGGAACUUUUGAGGAAAUAUUUAGGAAAUUUCAGGGAAAGAUGAUUUAAAAUCAGAACAAGCCAUUUUAUGAUUUCAAACUAUGAGAUUUAUUAUAAUCUGUAUCAUUUGAUCAUCAAUCUAACAUGACUUGAAUACAAAUAUAAUAUGCUUAGUCGGAACAAAUUUUAGCCAGUUUUGUCUGCAAAGCUUUGUUGGUCUCUGGAUCAGUCGCAUCAAACGUACAAAUUCUUGAUCAAGCUUUGCAAUCCGAUGGCUUUCAUUACUUCGUGGAUGUACAUCAUGCCCAUCUGUGUCGCCGUCCUCCAGCUGUAUAAAAAGGCAACGAGAAAGCAAGCAUGUUUUGUUUCAUUGCUUCAUUUGUUUCAUAGUCGUGGCCCAAAUCCUCCACUAGGUCCAGCUUUUUAUUGGAAUGGACCAACUUUCUAAAUUCAUGCCAGCAACGAGAGGAAAAUCCUACCGUUAUCAAGAAUUACGAACGGCUCUCCUUGUCUCUCCAUCAUUAUGACGUUGGGACAUUUUGAGGCUUUUACAUCCACAUCUGCUUCAAAUUGCGCCUCUAUUAAUUGUACCUUAAUUUCACAAUGACAGACCCAAAGAAUUUUGCAAUUUCAGUAGAUUUUUUCUUGUAGUUAUUUGUUAGCUUUCAAUUAAUUAUAUUAAUUAGAAUAGAUUUGCAUGCAAUUGUAUAUUAUAUUGUCUUUUUAAUACUUUAUUUGAUGUUCUUACAACGAGUAAAGUAUUAUUUCGGUUUUAA